AUGGCUGUACAAAUUCAGAAUCACAAACUGAAAACUGCUAUUCCUGUUAAUAACCAACUGUUGGCUGCAAAUUAUAAAUUCGACAAAAUUUUUCUCAAUAUUUCACAGGAGGAAAUUUAUAAUGUAACAGCAAGCACUUUAAUCAAAGAUGCUUUAAUAGGAAUAAAUGGCACUAUAAUGUGCUACGGACAAACUGGAGCUGGGAAAACAUAUACAAUGAGUGGUCUAUCGCAGCUAUAUGUUGAUAGAGGAAUUAUACCGCGAGGUAUUGCUCAUUUGUUUGAAGAAAUUCAGAAGAAUUCAGCACUUUCAAUUAGCGUAAAGUUAUCAUAUUUUGAAAUAUACAAUGAACAAAUUAUUGACUUACUGAAUGAUAUUUCUUCCAAUAAAGCAUUGGUGAAACAGUCUUUUGAUUCCCUCCAAGUAGCAGAAUCCAAUGAUCAAGUUUACAUUAAAGGAUUAAAGUGUUUAACAGUAAAUAAUUUGGAAGAGGCGUUAACUGUACUAUUUGAGGGUGAAUUAAAUCGAACGAUUGCAUCGCAUUCAUUGAAUCGUUUAUCAUCUCGUUCUCAUGCUAUAUUUACAAUAUAUCUGAAAAUAAUUGAUCCAAUGGACAGUAAUGGAUGCACCAGAUGUAGUAAAAUUCAUUAUGUGGAUUUAGCUGGUUCAGAAAGAUUGAAAGGAACACAAACAACUGACAAACUUUUCAAAGAAGCUACAUACAUUAAUCGAUCUUUAGCAUUUCUGGAACAAACUAUCCUAGCCUUAUCCGAUCCAUCUAGAAACUAUAUUCCUUACCGGCAAUCGAAACUGACACAUUUCUUGAAAAAUAGCAUUGGAGGUCGUUGUCAAACUAUCUUAAUAGCAAAUGUAUGGAAUAAAUGUGAAUAUGUCAAUGAAACUUUAUCAACCCUAAGAUUUGCAAGUCGAGCGAUGUCAGUACCUUGUAAACCUGCUAUCAAUCAAACACGUGAUCCUAUGGCAAUAAUCAAGAAUUUGGAAAAAUUCAAUGGUGACCUACUUCGAGAACUUCUAAUGUACGAUACAUUGAAUAACCGCGGACAAAUAAGUUACGAACCUUUGACAGAAAAACAAAGACAUAAGAUACGAAAUUCUGUUUUAAAAUAUUUGAACAAUGAAGUGAAAGAUUUAGAGUGUUUCAAUGAAUCACUCAACCAAUAUGAAACAGAAUUAACUAGUCCAAAAAGAUCAACAGAUGUGUUUCAUACAACUACAUUGAAUAAUGAUAUGAAUAAGUUGGUAACAGGUGUUAAGUCAAUCAACAAUGUAGCCACAGCUGCUUAUGCCAAGCAGAGUUAUGAUACUAACGAUUAUUUAUUGCAGUUUAAACAAGUUCAAGCAGAUCAUUUUUCAAAUGAUGCAGAUUUGUCAUAUCAGCGGGCUAAGGAAAUGGUUGCAUACAGACAAGUUUGUCAGGGAAAGCCACAAAAUUUUCGAAAAUUCUACCGUUCUUUGAAAUUUGGAUCAGUACCAAUGACUACUAGAAUAAAUGAAUCAGUAUUAAGUAACCGUUGCGAAUAUGUGAAGUUUGAUUCACAAGGUGAAGAACGGAAGAAGGGGUUGAUUUUCGAACUUGGUUUAAAGACACCGUCUGAUGCUGAAUUUCGUAAUCAAAAAGACAGUAAAUGUCGACCAGGUGAAGAUAAUAAAUAA